CACGGAUGUAGUUCGUGCUACGAUGGUGAUAUCAUACAUCCACUAAAAGGGGUUUCCAUGGCAACGUUAAGAGAAAAGACAGAAGAGACGACAAGAAAGCUUCGCACCCAGGGUUUCCACGUCAUCGAAAUGUGGGAGCAUGAAUUUCAAAGAGAGAAGGAGGAAAAUCCAGAUCUCCAAGCUUUCCUGGAUCAACACCAUCUGAGGGAUCGACUCAAUCCUCGCGAGUCGUUUUUUGGAGGAAGGACCAAUGCCCUCAAAUUGUUCCACGAGGGAGACGCAAAAUAUGUGGAUUUUACCUCACUCUAUCCAUGGGUGAACAAAUAUUGCGUCUACCCUGUAGGACAUCCAACAAUCAUCACGGAAAGCUUUGGAGAUGUGGAAGAUUAUUUUGGAAUUAUCCAAUGCCGAGUGAUUCCUCCACGGAAUCUGUAUCUUCCGGUACUGCCCUAUCGGUGCCGGAAGAAGCUGAUGUUCCCCCUGUGUCGGACUUGCGCCCUUCUUCAACUGCAGACUCCGUGUACCCACACAGACGACGAGCGAGCUCUUGUCGGAACGUGGGUAACGGAGGAAGUCAAACUGGCGAAAAGAAAGGCUACCGCAUCACACAUAUUUACGAAGUGUACCAUUUCCAGGCAUCGUCUACUUCUCUGUUUCGUUCCUACAUUGAUCUGUUUCUGAAGAUCAAGCAGGAAAGUAGCGGAUGGCCUUCGGAGUGUGUGACGGAAGAAGCCAGACUGAAGUACAUUCGCCAGUAUGAAGAAAGAGAGGGCGUCAAGUUGGAGGCCAAAAAAUAUCGAAAAACCCUGGGCGUCGACAAGUUCGCCAAGUUGGCCCUGAACAGUUUCUGGGGCAGAUGGGGUAUGAACGUGAACAAAGCCCAACUGACCUAUGUCCACACGGUGCCAGACUUCAAUAAGAUGUUGGCGGAUUCUACUAAAAAAAUCAAAGAUGUCUUUCUUCCCACGCCUGAGGUGGCUGCCAUUUCCUGGGAAUCUGCGAAGGAGUUUGUGCCGCAGGAUGCCUCGACCAACAUUUUCCUAGCGACCUUCACAACAGCUUGGGCUCGUCUCAAGCUGUAUAGUGAAAUGGAGAAGUUGGGUAGAGAUGUCCUGUAUCACGACACAGACUCCAUCAUCUAUGCCUCGAAUGGCCGCAAUGAUCCCCCCUUGGGCAACUUCCUUGGGUGA